AUGAAUACUGGUACCGGGCUGCCGCAACGAAACGAGCUUACAACCAUCAACGGCAAUAAUGCUAGAGGAGCAUUUCAAAGGUUUCGCCUAUCACAGAGUCAAAUAACGUCUUUAGCAGGAGCCAUGGCAGGGUUUUGUUCAGGUGUGGCAGUGUGUCCAUUAGACGUGGCAAAAACGAGGUUACAGGCACAGGGAUCUUAUCUGGAGCACAUCAAGGGACUGGAAACCAAGACCAUUGCGAAGUUCGAUCAGUGCAAAUAUCGGGGACUCAUUCAUUCUAUGUCCCUUAUUUGGAAGGAAGAAGGAAUUCGUGGUUUAUAUAGAGGCUUGGUGCCGAUCACUUUGGGAUACUUCCCUACAUGGAUGAUCUAUUUCUCAUGCUAUGAACGAUGCAAGAACAUAUAUGGAAAAUUCAUCGAAGACGAUAAUAUUAGUUAUUUCAUGAGUGCAAUUACCUCUGGUGCGGUGUCAACGACGCUUACGAACCCUAUCUGGGUUGUGAAAACUAGGAUGAUGCUUCAAAUGGAUAAUGGUAAGACUAUUUAUGACCGUCUUCCGAUGGAAAAGAUCUCUUUAGAGAAAGCAGGAUCAAAAACGUUAACACAAUGGUAUAACGGUACCUUUGAUGCUUUUGGUAAAAUGUACAGAGAAGAGGGAAUAGGCUCUUUUUAUAGAGGAUUACUACCAUCAUAUUUUGGCCUUGUUCACGUCGCUAUUCAAUUUCCUUUAUACGAGAACUUGAAAAAAUGGUUCAACAUUCAGGAUUAUAUGUCACCUUCUGUCAAGGAGAGAGAUCUCACCAUGUUUCUGAAAUUUGCGCUAGCUUCUUCACUAUCUAAAAUGAUUGCUAGCGCCAUCACCUAUCCCCACGAAAUCGUGAGAACCCGGUUACAGAUGUACAGUAAUUCCUUUCUCGGGGAGAACCAACUCGUUGGAGUUGUGAAGACAAUCUCUUCCAUAUACUAUAAUGAGGGACUGAGGGGUUUUUACAGUGGCUUUCUUGUUAACUUGACCCGAACAGUUCCUGCCAGUGCUAUCACUAUGGUUUCCUUCGAAUACUUCAAGAAGGUUCUACAAAGAUUCAGCAAGAAUUGA